GCCACCCGCAACGAGCGUGCCCGAACGCCGCGACUGGCGCCGCCUCAUCGCCUCCCGCCACCACUGACCAACCGUUUGACCCGCAGCCAUGGUUGAAGCGGAUCGCCCAGGAAAGCUGUUUAUUGGGGGCCUCAACCUCGAAACCGACGAGAAAGCCCUCGAGGCUGAGUUUGGCAAGUAUGGCCGCAUCGUCGAGGUGCUCCUGAUGAAAGACCGAGAAACCAACAAGUCGAGGGGCUUCGCGUUCGUCACCUUCGAAAGCCCCGCAGAUGCCAAGGCCGCCGCCAGAGACAUGAACGGCAAGUCCCUGGAUGGUAAGGCCAUCAAGGUGGCCCAGGCCACCAAGCCGGCAUUCGAGAGCAGCCGGCGGGGCCCGCCGCCCCCUCGCAGCCGCGGUCGGCCGAGGUUCCUGCGCGGGACCCAUGGGGGUGGCGGCGGCCCGCGGGGACCCCCCUCCCGGGGCGGGCCCGAUGACGACGGCGACUACCCGGGGGAUUUCGACCUGCGGCCCUCCAGGGCCCCGAUGCCCAUGAAGCGCGGGCCACCGCCGCCGCCGCGCAGGGCCGGCCCACCGCCCAAGAGGGCCGCGCCUUCGAGCCUGGCUCGCAGCGGCGGCGGUGGAAUGCGCGGGAGAGCCCCGGCCGCGCGGGGGCGAGAUGGCUACUCAGGCCCGCCGCGCCGGGAACCGCCGCCCCCGCGCCGCGCCCCAUACCUGGGCCCGCGGGAGGAGGGCUACUCGUCCAGAGACGGCUACUCGAGCCGAGACUACCGCGACCCCCGGGGUUUUGCCCCCUCGCCCCGAGAGUACAGUCACCGCAAUUACGGCCACUCCAGUGUGCGGGACGACUGUCCCUUGAGAGGCUACGGAGACCGAGACGGCUACGGGGGUCGCGAGCGUGACUACGGGGAUCAUCUGAGCGGAGGCUCCUACCGAGAGCCCUUCGAGAGCUACGGAGACCUGCGCGGUGCCGCCCCGGGGCGGGGAACCCCGCCAUCUUACGGAGGAGGAGGCCGCUACGAGGAGUACCGGGGCUGCUCGCCCGACGCCUACAGCGGCGGCCGCGACAGUUACAGCAGCAGUUACAGCCGGAGCGACCGCUACUCGCGGGGCCGAGACCGGGUGGGCAGACCGGAUCGUGGGCUCCCUCUGUCCAUGGAAAGGGGCUGCCCUCCCCAGCGUGAUUCUUACAGCCGGUCGGGCCGCAGGGUGCCCAGGGGCGGAGGCCGUCUAGGAGGCCGCUUGGAGAGAGGGGCAGGCCGGAGCAGAUACUAAGCAGGAACAGACUUGGAACCAAAAGUCCGUUUUCAAAGAAACUAACAAAAAGAAGAACCUGUUACGAUAACUACCCAAGGACUAGUAACUACCCAAGGAAGAGUUGUUUUUACGUUUUAAAAAUUUCCUGUUAAAAUCUUCUCCAUUUUUAUGCUUUUCGGAGAAAAAUCUUAAAAUUCAUAUAGUUUUGGAGUUGUUAACGUUUCUUUCAACAAGCUCAUGUUAAAAGUCUA